AUGGAUCCGGUAGCGGUCGCGAGACCAGCCGCGGUGCGCGAGAUGACGGAGCCUUCCUCCUCGUCCUCGAAGCGAGACGGCGACUAUGCUCGACGACUGUCCCAGGCAAAGGCUUUGCGAAAGGCUUUUCCGCUCUCCCGCCCAUUCGUCGACAUCUGCUCCUCGACAACCCGCGAAGCAUGUCCUCGCGGCACAUCCUGCCUGAGCGUGCACUUCGUCCGCUCUCUACGACCGCACACGGAAGUCUCGCUCGGCGACUGCUCGUACCUCAAUACCUGCCAUCGCAUGGCGACUUGCCGAUACGUGCACUGGGUCCUCGAGGAUCCCGACCUGGCGCCGAAGAAGGUUGCUGAGCCAAAGGGAUGGGCGGAGGAGGACGAUGAUCCGGUACUGCAGCCACAGGAGGUCCUCCCGCCUCAGUGGAUCAACGCCGACCUGCGCGAGCUCGACGUCUCCGUCCUCGGCAAAUACGACGUCGUCGUGGCGGACCCGCCUUGGGCAAUCCACCAAGAGGCGCGCUACACCCUACCUUACGGAACCCUAACAGACGACGAGAUGAUGCGGAUGCCGGUCGGCGCGAUGCAGGACGAAGGAGGCUUACUGUUCCUCUGGGUGACGGGACGAGCGAUGGAGCUCGGUCGGGAGUGCUUAAAGGCUUGGGGAUACGAACGGAUAGACGAGCUUGUAUGGGUGAAGACGAACCAGCUGCAGGGCUUGAUACGAACAGGUCGAACGGGUCACUGGCUCAAUCACUCGAAGGAGCACUGUCUCGUCGCGAUCCGCCGACCCGCUUCCUCGACGGCUCCACCACGGUUGCCCAGCUGGUUCAACCGCGGCCUCGACACGCAAGUCCUCCUCGCCGAAGUGCGCGAGACCUCGCGCAAGCCAGACGAGUUGUACGACAUGAUCGAGCGGAUUCUCGGCGGGAAGGGUAAAGGGCGGAAGGUCGAGUUGUUCGGCAGGGAGCACAACUUGCGGGACGGCUGGUGGACGCUCGGCAACCAGCUCGGCGACCGCGACCAAGUUUUCGAGCCAGACGUCGUUGCCAAUUUCGCAGACUCCUACCCGCACCGGAACCUCCCGCUCCUCGACCCAAAGACACUCAAGCCGAUCGCUGGAAAAGAAGCAGCCAUCUCGUAG